GUUGAUGUUGGCGGAACACAAACCGAAAGUUAGACCUGACAAAACGAAGAAGAGAUAAGUUCAAAUGGAUAACCUGUGAAAUGACGUUACAGUUUAUAGUUUAUUUUCUUUACAAUUAUUAUCCGCUGGGAAACGUUUAUUUCUAACGCUUCCAUGUAUUCAUAAAUACGUCAUGUUAUCUUAAGUAAUAAUGUUAGCAUAGCAGCAAGGGCGGACAGCGACCGCCUUCAUCUUGGCUCCGUGGAUUCAUUUUUGGACGUAAAGUUAUUGCGACGAGUAGAAUUUAGUUUCCUUAAAUCCAUUACACAAUUGCGGUGUAGGAGUCUGCUGCUACCAGGGACAUGGAAACUGAAGUUGAAAGCUUCUUUAGGCAGGAGAGUGAGGAAGAUGACGAAGAGGAAAAGAAGAAGUUCAAGAGGCCAAGCUCCAGCUAUGGUUCAAUGAAGAGUGACAGCGAUGAUGUGAUGGAGGAGGAGGAGGAGGGGGGAAAUGAAGAAGAGGGAAAUGAAGAAGAGGUUGCCGACGCCUUCCAACCUCCAUUCCCUUUCGUGCUACCUGAAGCGACUACUCAUGAGGGGACAGGGCUGCAGAUGAUUCGCUCAGACUCUCCAGAGACCCUCUACACCAUGACCACGCAGCAUACCAAACUACCGGGAGCUCUCGUCAUUGACACCAGGUCUUCUGAUCUGGGGGAUUUCUCAGAAGAUGCUGAGGAUGAUGCAGAUGACGUUUUGGUUGCUGAUUCCCCAGAACCUCCUCACCCUGUUGAACCAGAUGACACAACGCAGAUGGAUGAGAACAGCCAGCCGGGCAAACUUCACCCGGAACAGGACCUGCCCCACAUAUUCAAGAGUAUCCAAAGUGUGUUGACAGGCCUCGACUGGGAAGAGCUUAUACAAUUUAAGACGUGGUUCUACCAGUGGCAACCAGGCAUAACCCUGCAGCAGACGAUGGAGGGAGACCUUCUUGAUUUUGUGGACAAGAUCCUGGAGAUACUCGGACAGGAGCAUUCCCUGCAGCAUACAAUGAGUGCCCUAGAAAGUGUCAACAAGAAACCAGAGGCAGACAAACUGCGGAGUCUGUGCAAGAGAGCGUUGCUCCGUUUUCAACUGAAGCAACAUCUGGUCAAAAAGUACCAAGUUAUCCACGAGGGGGUCAUUCGAGCCGGAAGACAGAAUCUUUUAGAUACCGUCUACGUUGAGCCCCAGAUUUCCACUUGCGGUUACGGAGGAGUUGACCCCUCCCAUGAGUUGCGACGCCACCCACCGUUACCUCUCCAGGUCCCCAGUGCCGACACCUUCGUGGCCGUGAACGAUCUCUUCCGACUACCAAAGAACGAUGGUCAGCCGGUGAGGACAGUGUUAACCACUGGGAUUGCAGGCGUCGGCAUGUCUGUCUCUGUGGGGAAAUUCUCCCUGGAUUGGGCAGAACAGCGUGCAAAUAAGGAUCUGCAGUUUGUCUUCAAAGUUUCAUUCCGAACUUUGUGGUUCCUGCGAAACAAAGAACCUCUUUCACAGAAGAUGUCCAUCAUGGAAGUGAUAGCAAGAAAUUAUUCCGAGUGCAAAGACAUGAAAUACCUGGAAGACAAGGAUUGUAAAUUUCUCAUCAUAAUGGACUCGUUUGAUUGUUACCAAGCUCCUCUGGACUGGCAGAAUGCUCCAGAAAUAAAUGACAAUUACACCAAAGCCCAUCCCGACGUCCUGAUUGUAAAUAUCAUCCGAGGUACUCUGCUGCGCGGCGCCCGCGUAUGGAUCCUGGGGAGACGGGCGGCUGUCUCACAAAUACCGUCUCAAUUCAUAGACGUUGUCACAGAAAUCCAGGGCUUCAGUGAUGAGAUGAAAGAUGAAUACCUGACCAAGCGUUUUGACAAUGCAGACCUCGCAGCGAAGAUCGUGGCACAUUAUAAGCUCCUACCGUCACUCAAAAUGCUCGCUCGACAUCCCUUUGUGUGCUGGAUGAUAGCCACCGUGUUCGAGCGCUGCUUCCGUUAUCAGGGCUAUGGGGGGGAGCCCCCCAGGCUGACGCCGUUCUAGCGUCAAUAUUAUGAUUGUCCAGACCAAUCGCAGGCUGCAGUUCUACUAUGGAAAGGGGGAAGAACAACCGGUAACGUGCUUUCGUCUUUUAAAGUGACCUAAUUCCCUUAACUUCAUUCAUUCACAAAUAAAACACUUAAUUUUUACCACACAUGUCCCGUCAGUCAUUUUAUAUUUGGUACUAGAAUUAAAUGAAUAUUUUGUAAUUUAUUUGUUACGAGCAGAUGUUUAUUUGGGGGAUAUAACAUCAUGAACACCUGUACCAUCUGACACAAUAGAUCUGAAAAGAAUAUCUUUAUGAAGCUUAUCAUCUUCAAUAUUCGUUGCGUGUUUUUUGCCCCCCUUUACGUUGCAAUAUAUUCAACAAUAAUCCAAACGGCUGCCUCUGUUAUUUCGCUGUCCCCCUUUUU